AUGCCAGAUGAUGCAUCCAUGAAAUAUGCAAUAGCUUCACACAACAUAGAUUUUGUAACAUUUUUAAUGUAUGAAUAUCACAUAAGAAUUGAUUUGAAAGAAUGUGCAAAGUUUAAUAAUCUCAAUGCAUUUUUUGUUCAUUUUGAUCAAACUAAUGAUAUCAAUGAUGAUGGAAUUCCAUCUCUUUUUGAAUUAUUCAAAUCGCAAGGAUCUGAUAUCAAUGCAAAAAGUAUAACCUUGGGAUAUUCUGCACUUCAUUCGACAUCUAAAUAUAAUUGCAUUGAGGAAUCAAAAUUAUUGAUUUCAUAUGGGAUUAACAUCAAUGCAAAAGAUAAUCAAGGGAAAACUCCUUUAAUUGUUGCGUCAAAAUCUAAUCAUGAAGAAAUGGUUGCACUCCUGGUAUCAUAUGGCGCCGAUGUAAAUGAAAAAGAUAAUACUGGACAGACAGCACUUCAUUAUGCUGCAGCGAUUGAUAAUGAUAAAGCUAUAGAUAUACUUCUUUCACAUGAUGCUGAUAUAAAUGCAGAAGAUAAUAAUGGGGAAAAGCCAGCAUUACGCUUGCAUAAGAAAUUAGUUCAUGGUUUCCAUGCAGUAUCAAAAUAUUUUCACUUUUGGAACCCUAAUUAG